CACUCCGCAAACACACCGCCCACCGGGCCGACAGGUACACGGGCGGACAGCAUCCCGCAUUAAAAACAAUGGGAUGCUUAGCCACAAGCUAACAAGCUGUCGGAGGUGCCCGCCGGCCUCGGUCAGCCCGGCUCGGCUCGGCUCACGGUCAUCGGCAUGUAUCCGGAGCCGAUAUACGCCCAGCCGAGCCGGGCUAACCGGACCCCGGGGUUCCGCCCCGAUGACGGGGUGAAGGUCCCCCUGUUUGUGGCCCCUGACCUGGUUUACAGGAGCCGCAGGGGUCCACGAGCCGGGAGUAACGGAGUAACGGUACUCAGUUACAGCACUGAUGCAAGGCUGCAGCUGGAGAGUAACGACAUGAAGGAGUGAAACUCGGAAAAUCUGAGAAAAAUAUUAAAACUGUUAUUAUUAUUAUUAUUGUUAUUAUUAUUAUGAGUGUUAACUGUGUGACAUAACAAUUAAAGUCUAAUUUCAUGUGAUGAGCGGUCCAGACUAAUCUCUGGGACCUUGUAUUCCUUUUGAGGUUAUUUUUGUGUAUUUUUGUUGUCACGUUUUUGUUUUUGCUCUGUUUUAAAUUUCUUUUCUGAUUGAAUCUCCAGUCCUGGCUCUUGCUGGUUGUUAUGUGCUUAUGCCUCGUGUGUGUGUUCUGCAGUUUUGCCGCUUCGCUUUGGGGGUCUGGGUGGUUUCAUGUCGCCUCGACGGCUGUGCAGGUGUGUUGCUGCAGCAACAGCUGACAGAUGAUGCUCUUGUGAGAGUGGGUGGGGCUACGUGGCCCUGAGGCCUUAAGGAGGAGUCUCAGCCCUAAGCUCCUCCCCUCUCUCGUCCCGAGACGGACCAAACGGACGGACACACAGACGGCCGUAACUCUCCCCUCCCUCCUCCUCCUUCCCCCCUCUCUCCCCCGUUCUCCCCUCCACCAGGCCCCUCCUCCCUGCCACCCUCCCCUGUCUCCCCCCUCGUCCCCUGCCACCAUGCUGUGGUCACGCUGCUGGUCGAGAGCCUGAGGAAGCAGACUCUGGAAGGCGACCCUGCUCAGCCAGGGGACUUGUACCUGUCCCUGCUGGACCCGAAAACCCUCGCAGAGUGCUGGCCCCCAGAUGGCUUGAUGCCUGAGAGCAGCUACUGGCAGCUCUGCCCUCCCUCCAAGUCCGGCCUGCAGGGGGGGUUGCUGAGCUCUAGUUUCCCGCCCGGCCCCUCAGCGCUGGUGCCGCCUGAUGCUCACCUGCAGGAGGGUGGCGACCCCCUGGACGCGGCCCCUUCUCAGCCGCCGUCGCAGCACCGCCCCUGGCGCCCAGCACCUCAGCGUCCGAGCUGUCCCUCCCCGGAGCGGCGGUUCCCCCUCCGGGCCCUGGGCCCCCACCCCCGCCUCCUCCGCCACCCAAACGGCACUGCCGCUCGCUGUCGGUGCCCGAGGACCUGUCGCGCUGUCGCUACACGUGGCGGCCAAGCGCCUCGCGGGUCUGGACGCCCGUCAGCCGCCAGCAGUGCCACGGGGGAGCGGGGGAGGGGUCGCAGGGGGAGGGUCGCAGGAGGUGGUAUUGGGGUGGGAGUGGCAGGGGGCGGAGCCUGUCCUCUCCGCGCCCCCAGCUCCUCCCUGAACUCGUCGCUGCACUCCUCGUCCAGCCCCACCUUCUUCAGCCUCGCGCUGUCGCCAGACUCGCCGCUACCGUGGAGCUUCCCCUGGGACCCCAGUGAGGCGGCGGCGGGGGGAGGAGCCUGCUGCUGCUUCUUCCCCUCCCCUUCCUCUUGCUCCUCCUCUCCCUCCCCGCUUCACCCGCCGCCGCCUCCUCAGCGGCGUUUCUCACUCUCCCCGGUGCUCAUCAGAGACUCGGCUGCCUCCACCUUCCUGCCCCCGCCUCCAGUGCCCAGCCAAGCGGCGGCGGCACCUCCACCUGGGUGCGUCAUGGCGGCAGGCGGCGUGACCACAGGCGGCCCUGUUCCCGCCUCGCCCUCAUCGGCCUGCAGCACGCCAUCGUCUCUGCGCCGCAGCCUACCGCCGCAGCUACCGCGCUGCCACUCGCAGCCAUGUGACCUGCUGCUCCUCAAACCGGGUCUGAAGAGACGCCGCGACCCCGACAGACCCUGCGCCCGGCCCGUCCUCGACUUCACCAAGAUGACACAGACACGCAGCAUCGACCCGCAGUGUCUGGAGCGCGGCGGCGGCAGGCUGGCCUGCGGCGGCGACCUCUGCAUGGGUAUGGAGCCCUUCAUGGGCGACUUCCGGGGCUCCUGCUCGCCGGCCGAGUGCCUGGGCAGGACCAGCAUUGGGCCGCUGAGCGAGAGCGACGAGGAGUGCCGUGAGGACGACGACGACGAUGAAGGAGAGGAGGAAGCGGACGAGCGCGAGGCGGCACAGCAGGCGGUGUUCGAGCGGGACUGUACAGAGCUGGACUUGAACUUAAUAGAAGAAAACUGACGUAUUUGUAAAUGAAGGCUGUUCUCUGUUCUUUAGUUUUAUUUUGAAAUUAUCUAACCCCGCCAUCCCCACUUCCUGGACCGCCACCGUCUCAACACUCGGCGCCUCCUUGCCAUAAAUCAGCAAGGCUCUCAGGAACAACACCUUCUCUCAUUGGACGAGCUGAUUGACACGACAGUGAUGAUGUGGCUGCCGCCGUUAAACGCUCACCCGGAGUCUGAGGCGCCGUCGCCCGAUGCCUUCAGAUCUCUGAGGCCCAGAGUCUCCUUGCCUCAGGCGCUCGAACGCCACACCACAGCGGUGUCCUGAAACAGCAUCACCACACCGGCCUCACCAACCUGAACCAGAACAGAACCCCGAGCUCGUCUUCCUGAAACGUUUGAGUACGAAACGUGUCAGGUGACGCUCAGGAAAUUAAAAUAUGGAUCAGGUACAGAGGAGAAACAUUCAGUCUGAAGGGUCUCGGGGUUAAAGGUUAAACUUCGCACUGUAGUGAUCAGCGCCACAGAGGGAGGGGUCAUCACUUCCAUCACACGAAAAAGACAAAGAACCAGAAUAAAAACCGAAUAUGUUUCUAAAUAUAUUCAGAGUUCCACCGACUCUCCAGGAGAGCUGUGGUAAUGCUGCUCUGCUGCAGCACGCAUGAAAACAUCGUCAAGGUCAGAAUAAACAAGCCUGACCGGGGUUCAAUCGGCUCUGACCUCUGACCUUAGAGAAGAACAGGAUGUAGACUGAGCGAUAUUUCAUCUGUUCUGCUUCAGGCUCCGUUGUAAACGCAGGUUGGCGUUUCACUUGGACGCCGUCCCGUUUCACAGACGCGACUGACGCUCAGCGACUCUGUGCUCAUUUCUGAGGCGCCACCGUUUACUUUAGAAAAGGUUUAAAUUGAUCCAAACACUCGUGGAGUCACUGAUUCAAUCAAGCGUGAUCGCUUCAUCAUGAAAUCUGAUGUCAUACACACGCCUGUCCGGUCACAUGACUCGGCGUGGUGAUGCGUUCAGACUCCCGGCGGCCGUGCUGAGCGCCGGCAGCCACUGAUGCUGUUGUUCACCUGAGUGUUCACACAUUCCUGCUGCACACACCUGUCCCCAAAACCCCCCCGUGUGUGUGUAUGAGUGUGUAUUCAUAUCUUUGUGGGGACCGUCCCCUCGAGUUUGAAGACAUGUUUGAGACUCAGAAUGUGGUUUCAGUGUCAGGGUUACAGUUAGGCUAUGGUUAGGGAAAGCAUUAUGUCAGUUAUAUGUCCCCACAAGUAUAUGAAUACCCAUUUUGUGUGUGUGUGUGUUCUGGCACUGACGUCACAGUCCUGGUGGUCAUGUGACUUGUAUCCAGACUGAAUCCAGACCGUUUAAAGUUUCGGGCGAACGAGUUUAGGAAAGCGAGCUUGAUCCACAUGAAGGAGUGGACACGAGCUGAUGCGAGCAAACGUCGGCAUAAUGACAAACACUUUGACACAUUAGGCUAACACGGAGGGGGUGGGGCUUAUAACCCACUCGGGGCCAUAGACUCCCAGCCCACCUGUGUAAAUUAUUAAUAUUAUAAGGGGCGUGGCCUCUUUGACCGACAGGUGGUGACAUGCUGUGUGGAUAAUUGUACUAAAAGACCAUCCAAGAAGGCUGAGCUCCAGUUUUGUGAGGAAGUUAUCAGGACAAAGUAAAGUACAAGUCUAAUAUUUGGAGUGGACGUUGCCUCUUUUCCUUCUGUGUGACUGCAGGACUUAGUGAAGGUUUGUCCCGGCAGGUGUAGCUGUUGGCGUACCAGUUGCACACGGUUGGUUUGGUUACAGGAGCAGUGUUAUAGGUCAGCGAGGGUUUUCUGUGUUACAGCGAUUACAUAUUUCUGUGAGUCUGGAUUCAGUCUGGAUGCUCAGAAACAUCGGACGCUGUGAACAUGGAAACGCUGGCUGAAAAAGUGACUUUGCUCUCAUUCUAACUUGAAACCCUCAAAAACAUAACAAAAACAGUCCUCUGAGCGUCCACUUCAUACUUUACAGUUUUGUAUGUGUCACGUUUUCGUGUCGUGUGCCCCACAAAAGCUCAACGCAGUAACUAUAUGAGACUUGACUCUAACGCUGUUAUGAUGUGUUACACGUAUGUGACGUUGGGGAGAAAACAAGUUAAAGCUAGUGUGUUCUCUCUUUACUGUUUCUAUUAUUUAAAAAAACAUCGUGAUGCUCCAACAUCUCAGUUAAACAGCUGCACUCCACCAUAAACAACAAACUGUUAAUGCUAAGCGCUAACUAGCCAAGCUUAGCAGAGCAGCAGUACCCAGAGGAGUAUCUGAUAAAGUCAUGUGGGUAAAUUUAAUGAAGUAAACUGAGAGGGUAAUGCAGAUGUUUUAUUUAUUUGAAAACAGUGUGUAAUAUUUAUUUAUUUUGUUAGAGUGUAAGACUGAGGUUUAGUUUGGCUCAAACUUUAGCAACACUUUAGCUUGUGUAGUUACUGCUGUCUGCCUUUAGGGGGCAGCGCUGCAAUCUCAUUAUUAAAUAGUUUUUUUUUGUGGGUUUCAAAGUCAUCGAGGAUGAAAUGCAGAGUUUCACUUUUUGUGACAGUUUGUACGUUUUCGUGUCACAUGAAAUAUCCGCUGGUGAUUCUGCAUUAGCACAGAUGAAGUCAGUAUUUCAAAUUUUCAACAUAUUCAGAAAUACAGUCGUCUUCCUCCAAUGCUUCACGUUUAUGCCUUUAGCAUGUUACCUUGGAAUGAAAUUAUAGAAGCACAAGAAUCUUAGAAAAUGUUGGAUGGGUUUCACUGAAUUCUUUAAACCAGCGACUCCCAAAGUCCUGAGUGCUGCGGCCCACUGCAAAACCAGAAACUCACAUGGGCCACUAAAGGUUAAAUCUUCACCCUAAUAAAGUGACAAGAGUGAAGUAUUACCUUGAAAUGUUUAUCCAAAAAACUUAAAUAGCACACGCUGUUGGCUGUACGUUGUUAAUGCUACCCAGGCAUAUCAAAGUGUCAUGGCUAAGGUGUGAACCACCUGCCACUGGGACACAAACUUCAAUACAAGAGCCGUAAAUUUAGGCGAGAGUAAUGACUAAUAUCACAAACAGCUUUCUAUUAUUUUUAUUUAUAUGAAUAUGUUACUGUACACACUUGUAAUUUUCAAACUGAAUUUCUUUUAAUGAUGCGACCUGCCUACAAUAUCUUCAUAGCCCACCAGGGGGCUGCAGUCUGUAUUUUGGGAGUCACUGAUUUAAACAAUCAUUAUGAACUUGAAUUUGCAUUAAGAAAUAGUGUUUAUUCAUUAAAGAUGUUAGGAUAUAUUCAUAGAAGAUGAUUAAAUCACCUAACAAUCAUGAAAAGCGCCUGUGACACGAGAAUAAAUUGGCAGAGGUACGCCGUGGUGCUACAUGUUUAACUGCUGACUUAAGAUGAGAUUAAAGUUGUGAUAGUUGUCACUUAGAAAGUCCUGGUCAGUGCUGAAGGUAAGAAAAAACAAGGCUACAGGUUAAUUUUCCCAAACUUGUGAAAGGAAAAACCCUAAAUUCAUACUGUCUCUGUAACACACACAAA